CCGCCUCGACAAGGACGGGGGUACUGUCCUUUCACUUCUAUGGCCUCCAUAUGGUCUCACAUUUCCCAGAACCGCAAAUCGAAUGCUUAACGCGCGCUACCAGGGUGCCGCUGAGGCCACCGCGUUUCUUCAUGGACUGCGUCGACUCACACUCGAACUUCUUGAUCCUCCUACCAAGUCUAAGCUCAGAGAAGAGGCGGAGCAGCUCAAACAAGCUAUUGGCGAGCUGAAGACAAAGCUGGCAAGCCUUGAAGACCGUCUCGACGCGAUCCAGCUCGAUCUAUCCUGCCUUGUUUACCCCAUAAACACGCUCCCCAAUGAAAUCCUUUGCAACAUAUUUGCAGCAGCCGUGUCCUCCUCGCUUCAAACUCGUGUCGAAGCCAACCGUAUUCGCUUGGAGAUUACUGCCGUUUGUCGCCAUUGGCGCAGCAUCGCAAUUGCAGACCCACGCUUGUGGACACAGACAUACUACGGGGUCAAGCCUGGCUCGGAGCCUUGCCUAGUGCAGGACAGAAUAUUCGAGCGCUUUCUGCCACGCGUACGCGACCUACCAAUCAAAUACACCGUGGACCUGCAAAGACAGCGCUGGCUUCCUCGCCGUGCAUUUAAUUCUGUUGCGCAGUGGCAGGAAGCCUCGCUGACAAGCAGGUAUUGGCCCGACUGCUGGGAUGGUAAUCCUGCACCCAAUGGAAGCACCAUUUGUCCUCGCCUCACGAAACUUACUGUCAAUGUGGAGGAUCCAGUAAUUAAGCCAAGCCAUUUGGUUAUGGAGGCUCCCCAUCUCCGCGACCUGUCUAUCAAUGUUAUCAGCGGCUUACUCUCUCACCUCCUGUUUCCCACCCAUCAAUUGAAAAUAUUGACCCUUCUUGAACCCCCUGCCGAGUAUGCUCAGCUUCUCCUCCUGCUCACGCAACUGUCGGGCUUGGAAGAGCUCUCGAUAUCCAUGACAUCACCAUUCGAGGAGGAAUUCAUCGACGACGAGGACUGGAGCUCGAAGCCGCCCGUACGAUUGCCCCGCUUGUCAAAUUUGUCGCUUGGCACCGGCGAGUGCUUCUUCUUGAAAUUUCUCGACUUGCCUGCGCUGACAACACUACAUCUUUCGCGCUUCGAUGAAGAGAGUGCACAGCUUCUGGGCCCCUCCGUUAUCCGAUCGUCUGCGAGCAUAACCUCUCUGUUCUUAGAGCCAACGAGCUACGCCGCCUACUGCACCGCCAUAUCUUCCGUCGUCGAUUCUGUCAAACACCUGACUGUAACUUUAUUCGACAUGAAUACUCACGAAGCCAAAGAAUGCUCUGCGGAUCUCGCGCGCCUCGGUUACCUCCCUAACCUCGAGUCGAUGACCUUCGUUACAGACAAGGGGCAUGGCGGCGGCAACGUGAAGCCGUUCCUCGAGGGAAUUGCCAUGAGAAUUGCAAACGCGCUGUUUGGCGGUGCCGCGCAUGAGAUAAAGCUCACUGGUCUUGUUCUCGACUCGCGCGUGCCCGGGAUGAUUCCGGCGGAGGACAUGCGCAGCCUGGUCUACUUGCAAAAGAGUUUGAGGUCGAUGCAAGCAAAGUAG